AGUGUUAGAGGAUAUAAAAGUGAAAAAUAAGCAUUUUAUUGCUCCAAAAACCCCGUAAUCGCAAUGUCUGUGUAUGUACGACUGUGUGUGUGUGGGCGGCGAAGGAGCCCCAACACACAGACACCCAUACAGUCAUAGUAUUCCCCAUACACCCACACAAACCCCCCGUAUGUUUGACCCAUUGUUGUUGUUGUUGUGGUUGUUGUGUCUCUUGGCCAUAAUUAAUUUCGAGUCGAAAAUCCUUUGCCCUUGGUUUUCGAUUUUUUUUUGGUCUGCGACUCUAUACAAUAUAAUCAAAUCUGUGCAAACAGUGGCGGUCGCAUUUGCGAAUCCAAUUAUCAUGUGAAUAACUCGCGCCGAGUGGGCGAAAUUUAAGCAAAUAUGUGUGCGUUGUCUGUAAAUAAAUGAAUAAAAGCCACUAAACACACAAAAAAUAAACCAAACCAAACGAAACGAAACGAAAACAAACUGAUAACCGCAGAAGUCGGACUACGACAACGUCUACGAGACCUCGGAGCACCAUUUACGAUCGUGCUUAUGGAGCUUAUAUAGCCGUAGUCCCCUCCGUCGCGAGUUCCGAUCCCCACCUGCUGAUAAUCCGAUAAUUUAGUGGCCCCCCUUUUCUUGAACAAGAGAAAAGGGCAAACAAUGGAACACAAAUGGAACUGGGUUUCUUGGUUUGCACUCUAAGUAGAUAACUUUAAACAACCGCCGACGCCAUGCCCAAAAGCCGAAGCCACAACGCCUUGGAGACUAGCAACAACAUGCGAUCCUGCUAAGAAGAUCAGAGCGAACCCAGCCCGAUCAUGAGUCGCCAGGAGGCAGCUGCAUCCCGUCCAGCCGGGGGAGCGGCCGGCCCGGCCACAUCGUCAUCCUCAUCGACAUCGACAUCAUCCCACUCAGUGAGCGCUGUCCUGGGCAGCAAGAUAUCCACCUCGACGCCACAGAAGGGCGAUGAGCAGCAGGAGCAGGAGUUUAUCAACCAGAGCGUGGCCAGCGAGAUCGAGGCCAUGUCCAUCUCCAUCUCGGGCUCCGUGUCCGCGGACAGCAGCAGUGGCACCACGGCCCCCACAAUGAGCGGCAGUCCGGUGCCCAAGCGGCACCUGAGCACGGCCAAUCUGUCGCGGAUUCGGCCACAGUCGAGCUACUCGGCCCGCGUCCUCGUCUUUGACGACUCCGACCAGGAGGCAGCUGCCGCCGCCACAGCAGCUCUGGCGGCGGCCUCGUCCUCCUGCAACAGCAGCGUCAAGUCCUGCAGCGGACUGGAGCUGCUGCCCACCUCGCCGGCCAAGCUGUCCGUCGGCAACGACAGCACCAACGGCUCCUCGAUGAUGCGCAAUCUGAAUCUGACCAAGAGCUCGUCCGGCGGCCUAUCCGGCAGCUCUAGUUCGCUGCACUCGCGGGGCUACACCGCCCUGCUCCGGAAGAUUUCCUAUCAGCAGCAUACCAACUCGCUGCGCGCAGUCAGCAGUGAGGCCUCCAACCUGCUGCGCAUGCGUCACUCCUCGCUGGGAAAGUCGGCUCCCUGCCUCACUGGCAACUUUUUCCGCCACGAGCUGGCUGCUCCGCCUCUGAUCCAGGCACCUGGCUUUGGGGCUUCUCCCUCCGGCGGCCACAACAUCUCGAGGUCGGGCAGCUGUGCGGGCAUUGGCUUGGCCAAGCACCACCAUCACCAUCAUCUGCACGGCGUCGUGAUGCGCGGAUCGGGUGGCGGCGGCGCUGGUUCCGCCGGCGGCUCCUCGAGCGGUGUGGCUCAUCAUCGCCUCAGCCUGGUGACCAAUGCGGCCGCCGUGGCGGCGGCUGGCGGAUCCCGGGCCCAUUCCCCGUACUCGGCCAGUCCCGUGGACAGUCCGCGCCUCAACUCGCCCAUGCCGUUUGCAUUUGCUCCGAUCAAAAGGAUCGCCUCGUGCCGGGGCGUCGUGGACGGACGUCGCUGGUCGGUGGCCUCGCUGCCCUCCUCUGGCUACGGCACCACUCCGGGCAGCUCCAAUCUAUCAUCUCAGUGCUCCAGUCAGGAAGGUCUGAAUCAAUUGCCGCACAACAUUCCGCCCGGAGUCCAGGAGGCGGAUGCCGCUGCCGUUGCCGCCGGUGCCUGCUGUGCCGAGCACCUGAAGCAGCACUGUCCCAAGCACUGUGCUCUGCUGCUGGCCGUUUCCCAGAAGCAGCUGACGCCCCAGCCACCGAAGCCAUCGCAGCUGCAGCCGCAGUCGCAGCCACUGAAACCGAUGGCAGCGACCUGUGUGAACUGCUGUGCCGAACUGAGCCUGGCCUGCGGUGGUCAGCAGGCUGGUGGCAACGGUGGCCCCUCGGCGAAUAGCUCCGCUUCGAGUGCGGUUCAAGUUGGCGGUCGGAUGUCGCCCUUCUUUCGUCCCCGCUCCCGCUCGCUUUCCAGUCCGUCGCGAUCGCCAAUCGUGGACAAUGAGAUUGCCGUGAUGAACACUCUGUACAAGGAGCGCUUCCCCAAGGCCACCCAGCAAAUGGAGGAGCGGCUGAAGCACUUCAUCAACGAGAACAAGAGUGCCGCUUGCAACAGUUUCAGGGACUCGCAGCCGAUAGUGCGCUUUGUGCAUCAUCAGGUGCUGGAAAUGGCAAGGGAUUGCCUACACAAAUCGGAGGCCAAGCUGAUAACCUCGCAAUAUUUCUACGAGCUGAGCGAGAAUCUGGAGCGUUUGCUGGUGGAGACGAAGGAGAAGUCGCCGGAGGCGGCCGCCGAGCUAAAUGGUGUGAUCAAGAAGCUUCUGCUGAUCAUCUCGCGUCCAGCUCGCUUGCUGGAGUGCCUGGAGUUCGAUCCGCAGGAGUUCUACGAGCUGCUGGAGGCUGCCGAGGGACAGGCCAAGGCCAUGCCCGUGAUCAAGGCGGACAUUCCGCAGUACAUCAUCCACAAGCUGGGCCUCAACCGUGAUCCGAUCGCCGAGCUGCAGCAGGAGUUGCGCGAGACGCAGCAGAUGUGCUCGGAACAGGUCACCGUGGACGCGGAUCCACUGCAACCAGGUGGCAGCCUGCUCCUCAACUCACCCCUCACCAGUGCUGCCAAACAGUUGAGCAGCCUGGCCCUGGACUCCAUUGCCUUGGACGCGGGCAGUGGUACGGCGACACCUCAACGGCCUCCUCAAACGCCAGUGGCUACUUGUGAAACGGCUCCCUCUUUCGCACUGGCCAUCAGUCAGAUGAAUGAGGAUAAACAAGGGGCAGGCGGUGUAACUGCAACUGGAGGAUCGGGUGUGACGGGAGCAGGAGCAGGAACAGGAGCAGGAACAGGAGCUGGUGGAGGAGGAGGAGGAGCAACUGGAGCAGCCGCAGGAACCGCAACUGCCGCCCAACAACCUUCACCCCACGAAAACGACUUUGACAUUGUCAAGCUGAUCUCAAAUGGUGCUUACGGAGCCGUCUACCUGGUGAAGCACAAGACCACCCGUCAGCGCUUCGCCAUGAAGAAAAUCAACAAGAAUAAUCUCAUACUGCGCAACCAAGUGGAGCAGGUGUUCGCCGAGCGCGACAUCCUCUCGUUCGCCGACAAUCCCUUUGUGGUCAGCAUGUACUGUUCAUUCGAGACGAAGAAGCACCUGUGCCUGGUGAUGGAGUACGUGGAGGGCGGCGACUGCGGCACGCUCCUGAAGAACAUCGGGCCGCUGCCCGCGGACAUGGCCCGCUUUUAUUUCGCCGAGACAGUAUUAGCCGUCGAGUAUCUGCACAGCUACGGCAUCGUGCACCGCGACCUCAAGCCGGACAACCUUUUGAUCACCGCCUUGGGUCACAUCAAGCUGACGGACUUUGGGCUCUCCAAGAUGGGUCUCAUGUCGUUGGCCACCAAUCUGUACGAGGGCUACAUCGACUCGGAGACCAGACAGUUUUCGGAUAAGCAGGUGUAUGGCACACCCGAGUACAUUGCCCCGGAAGUGAUUCUGCGCCAGGGCUAUGGCAAACCAGUCGACUGGUGGUCCAUGGGCAUCAUUCUCUACGAAUUCCUCAUAGGCUGUGUGCCAUUUUUCGGCGAGACCACCGAGGAACUGUUUGCGCACACCGUCAACGAUGACAUCGAGUGGCCGGACAGUGAGGAUUGGCCCGUGCAGUCGGAGGCGAAGGACAUCAUUUCGCAGUUGCUGCAGCAGAAUCCGCGCGAUCGUUUGGGCACCCAAACGGGUGCGCUCGAGAUGAAGGAGCACGAGUAUUUCCUGGGCAUGGAUUGGAACUCGUUGCUGCGUCAGAAGGCGGAGUUUGUGCCGCAGUUGUCCCACGAUGAUGAUACCAGUUACUUUGACACUCGCAUGGAUCGCUACAAUCAUGACUUGGGUGGCGAGGAUACGGACGACACGGAUGACACCCCGGUUUUCGGCAGUUUCAAUUCGUAUACUCCGCAAUAUAGGAAGCAGCAUUAUAGCUGGUCCCGUCAUGCCACGCCCACGGCCACCGAUGGGGUCAAGCCAACGGCCCCGCCAGCACUGACUUCGCUGCCAUCGCGUGCCCAGGAGAAUCCAGUGGCCCCCGCAGGGCCCACAUCAACUGGCGCCCUGCCCAAACUGAAAAUGGGAGUGGCAAGUGGCGGAAGUGGCAGCGGAAGUGGCAGUGGCAGUGGCAGUGGUUCGGGCAGCGCUUCCAACGAGGGUGUGGUCAACAAGUUCUUGAACACGCCACAACUGCGAAAACUGGAUCUCUCGUCCAGCUGCCUGAAGGUGCCGUCCACACCGGAUGCCGACUACUUGCCCGAAUUGCUGCACAACGUCACAAUUGGCAACGAUGCGGAGCUGCGGAUGCUGAAGCACUACCUGCAGCAGCCCAAUCCCGGGGCCACGCAGCGCAUGCAGCAGCGGCAUAGUAUGCCGCCGAACACGACGACCAUCAUCAGCACGCCGGCCACCCCGCCGCCGACCCAAACGCAGGCGGCGAUGGCGGCCACUCCCACAACGGCCACGGUGGGCAACUUCUCGCGCAGCACGCCGGAGAGUUCGCAGACGGACAGCGACGACUUCUCGCCACAGAUCAACCGGAAGCGGAAGGGCGUCUGCGCCAGGGACAUUUUGCCGCGUUUCUCCAUCUCGAUCGAGGACGAAACUAUUUCCGCGGGCAGCUCCUCCACGGAGAACAUGAACCUGCCGAGGGAGCAAUCCCCGCUGGCGUUGCAGCAUCAGCCGAAGUCCAUGGACGGCAGCAGCAGUGGCAGCAGCCUGAAGCACCACCGCUCCAGGUCGAUUGUUAAGUCCGCAUCGGCAUUGGGUCUGUCGCUGAUGACAUCGCUGGACAACACUACAUUGGCCGCUCAGUUUGGCGGCGGCAUUCAGUCGCCGGGCGGUGGAGGCAAUGGCUCCAGCACGGCCAGCUCCAGGGAUACCUCGCCAUGCCGGGAGCUCUCGCCAUUGGUCACCAAUCUGAAGCCACCGAUCAUUAUUCGACGCGGACCGCGUGGAUUUGGCUUUACGGUCCACACCAUUCGCGUAUACUACGGCGACACGGACUUCUAUACGAUGCAUCAUUUGGUCAUGGCCGUGGACGAGGGAAGUCCGGCCUUUGAGGCUGGCCUCCGUCCGGCGGAUCUCAUUACCCAUGUGAACGGAGAAGCGGUGCAGGGCCUGUUCCACACCCAGGUUCUCCAGCUGCUCCUUAGCGGCGGCGAGCAUGUCACCCUGCGGGCCACGCCCCUCGAGCACACCAGCAUCCAGAGCGGCGGCCGCAAGCGCGAUCUCAUGCAGAGCAAGCUGGCCAAGAAGGGUCUGAACCGCCAGAAGAAGCAGACGAAGCGGGAACACGACAAGAAGCGCAAGACCUCGCUGUUCCGCCGGAUCAGCAGCAAGCGUGCAAAUGCGGAGAUGCAGCAGUACUCCGCUGGCACCAGUUCACCCACCACGCCAUCGGCCCGGAAUUUGUCGCCGUUGGAUUCUUCGUACCACAGCAGCAGCUGCUGCCAGUCGGCCGCCAACUCCUCAUCACAAUCCACCUCGCCCUCAUCCUCAUCGCCCAACACUCCCACCGGUUCGAGUAACUCCAAUCACGGUGGCAACGCAGCCGGAUCGACACCAGUUGCGCCCUCGGCGCUCAGUGUGCAAUUGGCCACUCCGCCGCCACCCACGCAGCUGGUCCUACUGCCCCACGUUGGAGCAGUCGUUGGCAGCAGUCCCACCUCUGUAGGAAAUGUGCCAGUGUCUCCCACUGGCGUUGUUCCGCAGCUGUAUCAGCGCCCAUCCACUCUUCAUGGUCUCAAGCACAAGCUGCACGCGGCCACCGCCGUCAUAGCGGGCGGCGGCAAUGCCACAAAUCCCGCCGGAGGACUGAAGACCCUCCACACCACAAGCAACAAUUCGCUGCCGAAUCGUCGCAAGUCGGUGGGCCACAUUCCGCUGUCUCCGUUGGCGCGUACCCCUUCGCCAUCGCCGCUGCCAUCGUCGCCCACACGAUCGCCCUCGCCGCUGGCCUUUCCACUGGUGGGCCAUCAGCCGGGCGCCUCCAACACCACGCAGUCCUACAGUCCGGGAAGCACGCUGCCCACCCUGCAGGCGGCGGCGAGUGCGAACAGCAAGAAGGCGGGAUUUGCCCGGACCAAGUCGGCGGAGCCCAGCUCUCCGCUGCUGAGACGGGCCCUGUCCCCCGAUCGCUUGCAUCCCCGAAGUGCUGAGACGAAGAUAUCGCCACUUUGCUGCUCGCCGCCUAUCAAACAGCCGACGCAUCAGCGGGUGGUGACCACCACCUGGAGGUCGACGACUGGCGGUAAUUCAUCAGGAGCUGGCGCAGCAGUUGCAGGUGCUCCGGCAGCUCAGCCUCAGCCGUUGGCGACGGCCGCCUCUGAGGAAUCUCAAAGACAAGCGGCUGGGGCAGCAGUGGUUGCCACAGCCGUCGUCGGAACGGAGCCCAGUGCUGUGGUCACCCUGGCCACAAAUUGUGAGCCUCUGCCGCGCAUUGCCGAAGAGAAGGAUUCGCCCACCAGCACCCAGGACAGCAGCUGCAGUGUGUCCGAGGGAUUCAUGCCCGCCAUCGAGGAGUACGCCGAGGGGGAGUCCUCGUCCUCGCCCACUCAAACGCUGGAGAAGCCGACGAAGGUGAAGGCCACCGAGCAACCAGAGAUGGAGCCAGCUGGCAAGACCAAGAAGGUCGAUCAGGGUAGAAGCACGUCCCAAGCAGCCCCCAAACUCAAGCCCCAGAGCAGUGGGUGUAAAACUUCGAUGACAACGACAAAGCCGGCCAGUCCGAGCGUGACUAUUUGCACAGGACCACGCAAGGACUCGACGGCUACGACAGCAGCAGGAGGCACUGCAUCGGGAGCCACUUCAAGCACUUCUGCUGGCAAGCUGAGAAAGUAGCGCCAGAGCAGUCGCGCUGGAUAUGGAUGCUUGUGUUUUAAAUUUCGCGUUUAAACUAUUAUCGCUGAUAAGCAUAAGAAAUGAGGUUGGCGAGGAUGAAGAAUGGAGGGCAGGAAAUGGCAGCCGCAGGAAUUCAAUAUAUAUAUAUUGAUAGCGAGGGGAUUGCGUUUUAAACUUUUUUCGAAGCAAGCUUGUGUUUUUUGCGCAAAUCAUACCAAUUUAGCAAUGAAAUUAAUUAGAAAAUUCUGAAACCUAGUAGUCUGUAGAUGUCCUAACUAAAGGAAAACAAAAGGUAAACCGCUUGAAAACUCUUAAUGUAAAUUAGUAGGCACGAAAGCAAAUCGAGAUAAAGCACGAUAUUCCAGUUAAAGCAAAUCUAAGAGGCACCACGCAAUUAUGUACUGUAUAUAAAUGUGAAACAUUGAUAGAAUUAACGAACUGUGGACUACGGAUGCUGAGUCGGAGGGAGAGUCAUGUGAAGCGAAGGGCGCGCUAUGUGGGUUGCGUUCAAAACAUUUUUGCGAAUCUAUACACUAUGCCGAUUUCAAUAUAAAAUCUAUAUUAAAUAAAUGUUAUAUGUGUGUGUAUUAAAAA